UCUUAGGAAAUACUCGGAAGACUUGAUUUCCAAAGCCAAUUAUGAAAACAUUUGUCAUUGGAAUUGGUGGCGUGACAAAUGGCGGGAAGACAACACUGGCUAAGAACUUGCAGAGACGCCUUCCCAAUUGCAGCAUAAUAUCUCAGGACGACUUCUUCAAGCCAGAGUCUGAGAUAGACACAGAUGAAAAUGGAUUUUUGCAGUAUGAUGUGCUUGAAGCACUUAACAUGGACAAAAUGAUGUCGGCCAUUUCCUGUUGGAUGGAAAACCCAGGACACUCCGCAGGACCAGCAGCAGCCUUGGAGAGUGCGCAAGGCGUUCCCAUUUUAAUUGUCGAAGGGUUCCUGCUCUUUAAUUAUAAGCCACUGGACACCAUAUGGAGCAGAAGCUAUUUUCUGACCGUUCCAUAUGAAGAGUGUAAGAGGAGGAGGAGUACAAGAGUAUAUGAGCCUCCAGACCCUCCAGGGUACUUUGAUGGCCAUGUGUGGCCCAUGUACCUAAAGCAUAGACAAGAAAUGAAUGACAUCACCUGGGAGAUUGUUUACCUAGAUGGAACAAGGUCUGAAGAGGACCUCUUUUCUCAAGUGUAUGAAGAUGUCAAGCAAGAAUUGGAGAAACAAAACGGUAAAUAUCAUCCUAUCAAAUCAUUUGGUGGAGGAGAAAGAACCUUGACAACAGCUCAUUAUAUUCCGUUCAUGGUGCACAACAAGAAGGGAGACACUGCAUUCAUUCAUCUUUGCUUAGCAAUUAACUCUCAGACUGUCAGUGCCCCUCUAGAGCGUGAUCGUUUUGUUGGCAAGAGACCAUCUACGACAUCUAUCAUAGACACCACGAUAAACCAGCACCCAACCUACACUGACCGGAAUCACCUCAUCACCCAAUGA